AAGGGGGUGGCCGGUGCCUAAGGACUUCCUUACAAUUUCCCAUGACUCAAUGGACUCCUGAUUGUAACAGACUCUAUACCUUAAAAGCGGAUAUGAAGAGUGAGGUACCUUCUGAUGCACCAAAGACGCCGGAAAGUCUAAAAGGGAUCCUCUUGCACCCUGAGCCCAUUGGGGCAGCCAAAAGUUUCCCUGCAGAAGUUGAGAUGAUAGCUAGUAAAGUAGAGAAUGAAUUCUCUCACUUGUGUGAUGAUUCUCAAAAACAAGAGAAAGACAUGAAUAGUAACCAACAAGACCAAGAAAAAGGUAUUGUUGUAAGGAAAAAACGGAAGAGUCAGCAGGCUGGCCCUUCAUAUACUCAAAACUGUGUUGUUAAAGAAAGCCAGGGAAUGUUAGGAUUGAGACAACACCUAGAAACGCAAAGUGAUGAAGAUAAUGAUUCCUCUUUUAGCGAUUGUGUUUCUUCCCCUUCAUCUAGUCUGCAUUUUGGAGAUUCUGAUACUGUAACAUCUGAUGAAGACAAGGAAGUCUCUGUUAGGCAUUCCCAAGCGAUAUUGAAUGCUAAAAGUAGAACUCAUGGUUCUCGGUCACAAAAAUGGCCUCGGACUGAGACAGAAUCUGUCUCGGGAUUAUUGAUGAAAAGGCCCUGUUUUCAUACUAAUUCAUUAAGGAGACUUCCAUGUAGAAAAAGAUUUGUGAAAAAUUCUUCACAGAGGACACAGAAACAAAAAGAGAGAAUUUUAAUGCAGAGGAAAAAACGGGAGGUCCGGCGAAAGUAUGCAUUGCUCCCCAGCUCUAGCAGUUCUAGUGAGAAUGAUCUCAGUAGCGAAUCUUCUUCUAGCUCUUCCACUGAAGGAGAAGAAGACUUAUUUGUGUCGACCAGUGAAAACCACCAAAACAGUACAACCAUUCCCUCAGGAAAUAUUGAUGAGGAUGUUGUGGUGAUCGAAGCAUCCUCCACUCCCCAGGUUACUGCCAAUGAAGAAAUUAAUGUCACCUCAACUGACAGUGAGGUGGAGAUUGUAACAGUUGGAGAAAGCUAUCGGUCUCGUUCAUCAGUCGGACACUCCAGAUCUCAUUGGAGUCAAGGCUCAAAUUCUCAUACUGCUCGGUCUCAGGAGCCACGAAACCGGAGUAGAAUUUCUACAGUUAUACAGCCCUUGAGGCAGAAUGCCGCAGAAGUUGUGGACCUUACUGUGGAUGAAGAUGAACCCACAUUAGUACCAACCACCUCUGCUAGAGUGGAAUCCCAGGUUGUGAGUUCUUCCAAUAACAAUUCAAAUGCACCUACCUCAGAGCAGGCCUCUGAAGCUACUUCAGCUAUCUCCAGUACCCAGCCCUCUGCAGUGUCAGAAGCUUCCAUUCUUCCUAGCAAUAGCACUGCUGGUACAUCAACAGGAGAUGAUAUAAGGAGAACCACAUCUAGUGCUGUAAUGGAGACUGGACCUACUGCAAUGCCAAGGUUACCUUCCUGUUGUCCCCAACACUCACCAUGUGGAGGGUCAUCACAGAAUCUCCAUGGAAUAGGGCAUCCCCACACAAGUUGUUUUCAACAACACGGACACCACUUUCAACAUCAUCACCACCACCACCAUACUCCUCACCCAGCUGUUCCAAUUUCUCCUUCAUUCAGUGAGCCUGGUUGUCCUGUGGAAAGGCCUCCACAAGUGCAGGCACCAUGUGGAGCAAGUAAUAGUUCUACUACUAGCUACCAUGACCAGCAGGCCUUACCAGUGGACCUGAGCAACAAUGGUAUCAGAAGUCAUGGAAAUGGUGGUUUUCAUGGAGCAUCUGCCUUUGAUCCCUGCUGCCCUGUUUCUUCUUCACGAGCUGCAAUUUUUGGCCACCAGGCUAGUGCUGGCCCAAGCCAGCCAUUAUCAAUGGAUGGCUAUGGAUCAAGUGUGGUUGCACAGCCUCAACCCCAGGCUCCUCCACAAGCCUCCCUUUCAUCAUGCCGACAUUAUAUGCCACCCCCUUAUCCUUCUUUGACCAGACCACUUCAUCAUCAAACUUCUACAUGCCCCCACUCUCAUGGGAACCCUCCUUCUCAGCCUCAACCCCCAACUCAAGUAGAUUAUGUUAUUCCUCAUCCUGUACAUCCCUUCCAUACACAGAUGACUUCUCAUGCUGCAUCUCAUCCUGUGCCUCCUCCCCCACCAACUCACCAUUUAAGCAGUACAGCUGCUCCAAUUCCCCAGCAUCUCCCCCCUACACACCAGCCAAUUUCACAUCAUAUCCCUGCUACAGCACCUUCAGCACAGAGACUGCAUCCUCAUGAAGUGAUCCAGAGGAUGGAGGUUCAGAGGAGAAGAAUGAUGCAACAUCCAACGAGGGCACAUGAGCGCCCUCCACCUCAUCCACAUCGGAUGCACCCAAACUAUGGUCACGGGCAUCACAUCCAUGUGCCUCAGACAAUGUCUUCACAUCCUCGACAAGCUCCAGAAAGGUCUGCUUGGGAAUUGGGAAUUGAAGCUGGAGUGACUGCAGGGACAUAUCCUCCAGGUGCAUUACAUCCUCACUUGGCUCAUUACCAUGCACCUCCUCGACUUCAUCAUUUACAACUAGGAGCUCUUCCAUUAAUGGUUCCAGACAUGGCAGGCUAUCCUCAUAUCCGUUACAUUUCAUCAGGAUUGGAUGGAACAUCAUUUAGAGGCCCCUUCAGGGGCAAUUUUGAGGAAUUGAUUCACUUGGAAGAACGGUUAGGAAAUGUUAAUCGUGGAGCUUCCCAGGGAACAAUUGAAAGAUGUACAUAUCCACACAAAUACAAAAAGAGGAAACUGCACUGCAAACAAGAUGGGGAAGAGGGAACUGAGGAAGAUACAGAGGAGAAAUGUACCAUUUGUUUGUCUAUUUUAGAGGAAGGUGAAGAUGUGAGGCGCCUUCCAUGUAUGCACCUUUUCCACCAAGUGUGUGUCGACCAGUGGUUAAUUACUAAUAAGAAGUGCCCCAUUUGCAGAGUGGACAUUGAAGCUCAGCUGCCAAGUGAAAGUUGACACCAUUUUCCCAGAACUCUUGCCC